CGUAUGUAAGUGCCUCCCUAACGACAAACAGGCCCCGACGCUACCCCCUACUACAGGUGCUUGAUUCGAGUAUGAAGUUGUUAGCACUUAUGCUGUUGGUGGUGCUCAUGGCACGGGAAUAUUGCGAAGGUUUCGUGGGUACGGCUUUGCCAACAAGGGCAGCAGCUGCUGCAACAAGACGACACAAGGGAGCGGUCAACAUGGCAAACGUAGUCGUGGAGUUCACCAAUUCCAAAAAGACGGUCAACGCCGUCGUGGGCUCCCCUCUCUCACAACUAUGCGCGAAGAACGGGAUCAAGGUGAAGUACAGCUGCAAGCAAGGAGACUGCGCGACAUGUUCGAUAAACAUCGACGGGAGAAACGUCAAGGCCUGCCAAGGGAGGGUGCCGGCAUCUCGCCGCAUCGUGAAGAUCAAGGCGUGAGCCGGACCGAGCUAUGAACCUCAUGGUUGAGACAGGCAUCCAAUGGUGUGGGGUACAUACGGAAAGCGAUACAGAGCAUGGAUCGAGGAUUUCGACUCGUUCAGCGUGCUCAGAGAGCAUCCAGUACCUCCUGCAAAAGGGGGACAUGCUUGUUGUUAUGCACACAACCAAGCGUAGUAAAAAGACUGAAUGUCGAGAUUCGCAGCACGGUGCAAGGCUCUGUCACAUCCCGCACAACUCGUGCGGCAUUGACUAGCAUCCGCGUGGUUGCGUUUUCGCAGUUUCGGCCGGAGUUAUCACAGCAAAGCCAAAACAGGCAAGGGCGUGGCCAUAUUCCCUUGUUGUGAUAGACCGGGAGGACUGAGUCAUCGUCGACUCUUUGUUGCGCGUGUACAGUGGAUGAUGGGCGUAGAUCAUAUGUUAUUAGUCUUUUCUUCUUUUGUUCGUUUCAUCCGGCUGUUAUCGGGCCUGUUUCUCCUCAUGUUGUAGCCAACAAAGGUUUCGUGAAGAAAUCAGGUGCCGAAAGGUAGCAUGGCCGCGUGGAUCGAAAAAAAAAACAAUUAUAGAUCCACCAAAGUCGGUUUUACCUCAAAACCGCGAGGGCGGCGAUCAGUGUUGUCAAAAUAGAAAAAGCGGUCGGGAUUGUUGUGGUUGAUGCUGCCUGUUGGCUUCAAGGCGAUACAAUAGAAAAAGGGGCAAUGGGACAAAGAACAAUGCCCCCCUUCUCUAGAAAUUGGUGAGAAGAGAUGUGUCGUCGAUGCAAGGGGGAAAUGUGGUAGAACCGAGAAAUCAGGACGCAAAUGGAUGGGCUGGGUGAAUAUGCGUCGAUUUUUGUUCGGACUUGGACAUGAGGGAGCGAGCAGAAACAGUCUCUCUUGAGGAAGAAUUUAAGGUCUUGCAGCGUGUAUGAGUACCUUCUAGAGGCGGUGAUGAAGCGUUUGAAACCGGGAGAAGUUAUAGAACGAGUGCUUUAAGGCUCAGAGUAGUAGGUUGACUUUCUAACAAGAGAGUGGGUAACACGGUAGCGAUGUGAUUGGUGCCUGAUAUAUGGUUGGGAGUGUUCACCGGUCCGUACUUCAGUGUAUGUGCUGCCGCUUCAGGAGCGUAGGAUAAUAUGGGUUCUCAGGCUCAAAAUAAUACGAAUGUGACAACAAAGACGAACAGUUGCUCAGCUCGAGCACAUGGGAAACGAUAAGCCGCUAUCCUCGCA